GCUCAUCAAAAGACCCCAAAAAACACACAAUUGCAUGCCCUUCCCCUUCCCCGUCCCCUUCUCUUUGUUGUUCUUGUUUCUUUGUUCUAUGAUAUAACCACCAGUACUCCAUCAAAUAUCUUAUCUUCGAAUCAUUCUCAUGUAUUUGUUGUGUGAUUCAGUGUUGUAAAGAUGAUGUAUGAACAGAUACAGCAGCAGCAGCAGCAGCAGAUGAUGAAUAGGGUAGAUAGAAGGAAGGUUAUGGGGGAGAGAAGGAAGGCAAUUGAGGAAGAAGAAGUUGAUAUGAGUGGUAUGUCUUUGGAGAGUAUACCUAACCCUUCACUCAAUUUAGCCGCUAUUUGCAAGCUUAAUCUCUCCAACAACGAUCUUCAGAUGAUACCAGAAUCCUUAACAGCAAGAAUGCUAAAUUUGGUGGUGUUGGAUGUUCACUCAAAUCAGCUCAAAUCUCUCCCUAACUCAAUUGGGUGCUUGUCAAAGCUCAAAGCUCUUAAUGUUUCAUGCAACCUUCUUGUGUCCCUCCCCAGAACCAUAGAGAAUUGCAGGUCUUUAGAAGAAUUGAAUGUCAACUUCAACAAGCUAAGCAGCUUACCAGACACCAUAGGGUUCGAGCUUGUUAACCUCAAGAAGCUCUCGGUGAAUUCAAACAAGCUGGUGUUUCUUCCCAUGUCUACCUCCUACAUCACUACUUUGAAAACUCUAGACGCAAGGUUGAACAAUCUAAGGUCCCUUCCUGAAGACUUAGAGAACCUUAUCAAUCUAGAGGUCCUAAAUGUAAGCCAAAACUUCCAAUACCUUGAAACCUUGCCAUACUCCAUUGGCCUCCUUCUAUCUCUUGUGGAAUUGGACGUGAGUUAUAACAAGAUUACAACUUUGCCCGACUCCAUGGGGUGCCUAAGGAAGCUGCAAAAGCUGUCUGUUGAAGGGAACCCGCUCGUUUCUCCGCCAAUGGAGGUGGUGGAGAGAGGGGUGCAUUUUGUCAAGGAGUAUUUGAGUGAGAAGAUGAAUGCAGGCCACAAGAGCCCAACAAAGAAGAAGUCAUGGGUUGGUAAGUUGGUCAAGUAUGGGACCUUCAGUGGGAGAAUUGGGUCCAGGAAAGACAGAGAAGGGUUCGAUGUCACGCCUGAUCAUUACUCCUCCUUUGAUGGUCUUGCUUCUCCUGCAUACAGUGGGAAAUCCCCUAAACACACAUGGAAUCGUUCUAUUGAAGGCCUAGCUUCUCCUAGAUACUUGAGGAUUUUCUCACCCGGUCGUCUAUUCUCUUCAAAGAAUCUCUCUUAGGACCGCUAGACUGUUUGUUGUUGCAUCUGUGAAGCCAGUCAAUUCUUAGCAUGCAUGAGUGUUUGAGCUUCGUAUCAUCAGUACAUCGUAGGAGGAAGAUCAAAACUCCACCAAGACAUGUAUAUUCCAACCUAGGUCUACAUGGGUGUGCCUUACUUUUGGUUUGUAAAUAAAUGGACGUCAUUGUUUCAUAUAUGGUUUUGAGAAUCAAAUAUUUAGUAUGCAUUUCAAUUA